CCCAUCCUUGUAUCAACGAAUGCAUGCAGUGCAUUGACAGUGAAGUAGCCAGCCUGAAGGAAGCUUUCCAUAGCGCACGCAGCAGGACAGAGCAACCAGUGAUUGCAAUGGAUACAGAUAAAGAUAAUGAGGAUGCUAUCCCCCUCCUGCCUGUGAGCAGUGGCUACAGUGAUCCCCCUGCAUACGCUCGGUCCUCCCCAAGCCCACCCCCUCAGCCGCAGCCUCAGCCUCAGAUGGGGACAUCACUGCCUGUACAAUAUCGACCAGCUGCAUCGUCUCCCACCCCCUACCCCCAGACUGGCUACCCCCAGACUGGAAUCUCACAGAUGAGCAGCAACAAUAACACUGUGGUGGUGACAGGAGCUCCCUCUCAGUUGCCCCCGGUGAUGGUGACCCAGCCCUCAGAUAAACCUACACAGCAUAUCCUAGUGCUGAGUCUGGUGCUGAUUGCUGUCUGCUCUCUGACUUGUCAGGUCUGGUCUCUCUUCCUGCUUAUUCCUGGAGUCAUCUUUGCAGUGGUUGGUUACAACUACAGGCAUUCCCACAAGCCCAAUAAGAGACAGACUGGCAGAGGAUUGUAUGGUGUCUCCCUGUGUUGCAGUGUUACCACUCUGGUAUCCUUUGUGAUGGUAGUGCUCUGUACUAUCCUCUUCGUGGCCAUCUUCUAUGGCCGCUUACAGAGCAAGCUCAGCAACUACUACCCCACCUACGACUACUGUUCUUCAUCUCAAUGCCGUUUUUCCUGUGGCAAUGAUAUAUACGGAUCCUGUUAUCAGAGAUGUAUAAAUAAUUAUUGUUAACAAGUAAUUAACAUUUCGUACAAAACUGUAUAGUAUUUCAGUAGUGUGUAUAUAACUAUAAUUAUGUUCGUGGUGUGUCAUUUUGAAAGUGUAUUAUCAGUCACAAAGUUACGUAAACUGUUAUGUUUGUGCUACAUCAUCUUGUUGACACUAACAUUUCAUACAAAAAAACUA